CCCCCCCCCCGUCCUUCUUCACCGAGUGAGCGAGAGAGGGAAUAUAUGGCGAUUUGGUGAAUCCCCUCUCUCUCUCUCUCUCUCUCUCUCUCUCUAUCUAUCUCUGUGUCUUGGUAUAUAUUGGUCUCUGAUCGGCUCUUCUGAAGUUGAGACCGGAUCGCUCUGCUAUCAGGCAUCGGAUUGUGUAGGCUUUAAAAAGUUGCAUUCAGGGAGCAUCCUUAUACAAUGAGCACUCGGGCAGGGAGGAGUCCUCCAUUGAGAGGUUAUCGACGUAAGAAGACAUUACUGAAUUUAGACCUUAACACGCCACCUGUUGAAAAUCCAGAGCAGGAAGGCACCUCUACUCAGGCUACACCUCAACCGGUCAAUGCGAUAACUACAAUUGAUGUUGAAGCAAUUGAUGAUGAUGAUGAUGUUGUGUUUUGCUCUCCUAGUGCUUUUGCUGAGGCGAAAAGCAAGUCUCAAAGGAACCGUGGAAGGGCCACUAUUGUGGAUGUUGAUACAGAAGCAAUGACACAUGGCAACAAGAGAAGAAGAAUUCCAGCAGGCCAGCCUUCUAUUGAUUGUGAUCACUCUUUAAAUUUGGAGGGCAGUGGGAACUCUUUGGUAUUGAUGGAGAAGCCAGCUCCUCCUCCCAAGGAGCCCACCUUCACUUGUCCAAUCUGCAUGGGUCCGCUCAUCGAGGAGACUUCCACAAAGUGUGGCCAUAUAUUCUGCAAAGCCUGCAUCAGGGAAGCGAUUGCUUCUCAAGCAAAAUGCCCUACUUGUAGGAAGCGUGUGACCGUGAGGGAGCUCAUCAGGGUCUUCCUACCUGCUACCAAUUUAGUAUGAUCUAUGCUCGGGUGGACAAGCUGCUUUGAGCUCGGGGAGGGAAUUGGCACCGUUUUUCUUGCAUCAGUUGGACCGAAACUUAGUCCAGGCAUCAGAUCACCAUUGUAUUGUUCAAACUGAUGUAUUUGCAACAUAGUUAUUUCUCAUGUGAGACUUGAUACAGUUGUUGGAACCUUCUGUCUCUGUUAUUACUUGAACUCGUUGUUAAUAUUUAGGCCAGUGACCAGUUAGUCCGAAUAUUUGAAUUUUUUUGUUAAUAUUUUUUAUAUGCAUCUAGAAACUAAGCUGAAAUACUUAAGAUUUUAUUGA